AAAAGACUGGAUAAACAAAACUGAUACAACAUGUCCAACGAGAAUGGCACUAACCUAAGCCAAACGGCGGGGAACAUCCUUCUUCAGACGGCGGCUUCGGCGUACAGUAUUCCCGCCAAGGUGGCCAUCGGACUCUCGGCAUCAUCGGUUAUGGUCAUGAUCAUUGUGGGAAACAUACUGGUAUGCAUAGCUGUCGUCACGGAGCGGAAGUUACGUCAUCCCCAGAACUGGUUCCUGGUGUCAUUGGCCGCUAGUGACCUACUGGUAGGGACGCUCAUCAUGCCGUUCGCGUUGGCAUAUGAGCUGAUGGGUUACUGGGCGUUCGGGCCGGUGUGGUGUGAGAUCUGGCUGGCCAUGGACGUGUUCGCCUGUACCGCCUCUAUCUUCAACCUGUGUCUCAUCGCGCUGGAGCGGUACCGCUGCGUCGUCAACCCGACAGCAUACAGCAGCCCAACGAUCAACCGGCGCCAGGGGAUCCUGAUCGCAGGAGCUUACAUCACCGCCGCUGCCAUCUCCCUCCCGCCGCUGUUCGGCUGGGCCGAGCCCCGGGCGCAGGAUGGCGCCCUCCCGGAGUGCCCACUACACCAGUCCCUUGGCUACGUCGCCUUCUCGGCCACUGCGAGCUUCUACAUCCCUCUCAUAGUCAUGGUGACGGCCUACAUCUGUCUGAUCGUGGCAACCCGAGCGCACCUCCGAAAGAAGCUGACCAACUGUCCUCCGGCAACUCCUAUAGCGUCUCGUUCAAGAACGCCCAUGACAACCCCAAAGAUAAGGAAGGAGAAGAAAGAUGGCCAUGUUACAAACGACGUGAACCAUCUUAAACCACCGACGAGUAUCCGUUUGCAGGUGUUGAGCUUCGAUAGCGGCAUGGGUUCCCACAGCGCAGCUGGUAGUAUCAGCCAAGCCUCGCCAUGCAGCAAGCCAAAGAACGGAGCAGGCAAGAACGGGGAGCCUUUUAAAGCCGCGGCCAUCUCGGGAACUACGGAGAAAAAUCAAGGGGGCAAGGAGAAAAACGGCGGAUGCCAGUGUGGUCAGGAUGGCGCAGACAUCUCCAAAGAGAAUGGCACAGAAAAGGAGUUGAAGACGGCGGCACAACAGCUCAACGUAGCGCCCAGGUGUGCUAUCGAGACGGAAGACAGCUCUCUCCAAGCGCAAGCACAGAGCACCGACUGCAUCAAAGUUCUGCAGCGAGUCGGCACCAGGUUGGAGAUGCAGUUCGACAGGAAUCGCAAGGACGAGCCCAGUCCUGGUGGGGAGAGGCUGAAGAUUUUACAGUCUCGGGAGCGGCGGUUCACGCUGAUCAUCGGGCUCGUCAUGGGGGCGUUCAUUGUGUGCUGGUACCCGUUCUUCCAGCUCUAUCCCAUCGUUAUCGCCUGUGAGUCGUGCAAGGUGCCUGAAGUUGUCUUCAAGUUCUUCUUCUGGAUCGGAUACUGCAACAGCGCCGCCAACCCGAUCAUCUAUACUAUAUUUAACAAGGACUUCAGGGGCGCCUUUCUGAGAAUCAUCACUUGCGGCGUCCGCAACAAUCGUACGCAUGGCGCCAACGGUAGAUGAAGACCGUGAAAAGAGCUCACACCAGUUAAAUUGACCGACGAGAUAUUCUUCCACUGGUCGCGACAAAGAGGACAGGCGCUAUGUACAGUAUUUACAGGUUCAUUGUACCCUGGAAAUUCCUCUACCUCUUUUUGACAGGACCAGGGCUAAACAUCCAGUCCUAAGAACUGCGAUUAUGUCGGGUGAGUGACAACAGCCGGGAAUCGAACUCACAACCUCUUGUUCCGCAGGCAAGAAUCGGAAACCACCGGGUAUA